AUGCAAUCGCUAUCGGCAGAGGAGCAGAGCAGGAAGCGGAGUAAAGCAAGAGGAGAGCAGAGAAAAAGGAGAGAGAGGGAGCGUCAGGAGCAGAGCAAGGGCAGGAGAGAGAGCUUUAGGAACACAGAGAAGGGAGAUCAGGAAGAAGCAGAGAGCCAAGACAUAGAGAGCCGGAGAUAG